GUUAACUUGUCAGAUAAAGUUGGUUCAUGGUUUUUCUCUGAAAGUGAAAGCUAAAAUUCUUAACUCCCAUCUAACGCAACACAAAAAAAUACUUGUUUAAUUACACUGACUCAUGUGUUUUUUAUACCUGCUAAAUAAAGCAACGGUUUUCAUAAAUUGUUAGCUUUCAAUACAAUUCAUGACCCUACACACUAGUGAAAGCUUCACACACAAUCUCUCUUUAUCUACCUCUUCCCACUUCACCUGACUGUUUUUGCUUCAAAUGCUCACCAAAUUUCAAAACCGGUUUCCAUUAUCAAUCUCACCCACAUCUCCAAUCCCUUCCAAGUUUCGGGAUUUCGUGGGAGAUAACCGCUGCCUAGAAACGAUGGUGGAGACUCCGAUUAAUGGGAGAAUAAGGCAAGCUUUUACGGUAGUAAACGGCGGGCACAAUGUUGGCUUGACUAGUACUCCUCCAAGCAUUGCUGGAUCGGAUUAUGGUGUAAUAGAGUUCACAAGAGAGGAUGUUGAGGCAUUGCUGAAUGAAAAAGCUAAAAAGAAAGAGAGGUUUAAUUAUAAGGAAAGAUGUGAAAAUAUGGUGGAUUAUAUAAAAAGGCUUAAGGUUUGUAUCAGAUGGUUCCAAGACAUUGAAAUGAGCUACUCAAUAGAGCAGGAAAAGUUAAAGAAUUCACUGGAAAUGACCCAGCAAAAGAGUGUAGAAAUCGAGUUGCUGCUUAAAAUCAAGGAAGAGGAAAUGAACUUAAUUAUUACAGAAAUGAGAAAGAAUUGCACUUCCUUACAAGAGAAAUUGAUAAAGGAAGAAGUUGACAAGUCGGCUGCAGUGGAUUCCCUUGUUAAAGAGAGAGAAGCAAGGCUUGAUAUAGAGAGGUCACAUACCACUCUUUCCGAGGAUAUCGGAAGAGCUCAACGAGAGAUUCAAAGUGCGAAUCAGAAGAUAUCAUCACUCAAUGAGAUGUAUAAGCGGUUACAAGAAUACAUAACGAGUUUACAACAGUACAAUGGAAAACUUCAUACAGAGCUUUCAUCGGUUGAAGAUGAACUUAAACGCGUAGAGAAAGAGAAGGCUGCUGCAAUGGAGAACAUCGCUAUGUUAAGUGCUCAACUUACUUUAUCCAUUUCUUCUCAAGAAGAAGCCACAAAACAGAAGGAUGAUCUUUCUAGUGAAGUUGCUUCACUUAGAGGAGAGUUGCAUCAAGUAAGAGAUGAUAGAGACCGACGAUUAUCUCAAGCACAAACUUUAAAUGCUGAUUUGAUGAGAUUAAAAGAAUCUAGGGAAAACUCCUGCGUUGAAUUGGACAGUUUGACAUUAAAAGCAAAUGAUCUGGAGGAAAAAAGUUCUUUGAAAGAGAAUCAAAUAAAGGCAUUGCAAGAACAGUUAGCAACUGCAGAGAAGAAACUGCAGGUGUCUGAUAUAUCUGUAUUCGAGACAAGGACGGAAUUUGUAGGGCAACAAAAAUUUGUUGAUGAGUUGCAAAGACGCUUGGAAGAUGCAGAAUAUAAACUUAUUGAAGGGGAGAGACUGAGGAAGAAAUUACACAAUACCAUUUUGGAGUUAAAAGGGAACAUCCGUGUAUUCUGUCGGGUGAGGCCUUUGUUACACGAUGAAAGCCGUAGUACAGAAGGCAAGAUAUUUAGCUAUCCAACAUCAAUGGAAGCUUCUGGACGACAAAUUGACCUAGCCCAAAAUGGUAUAUCUCUUGUGAUAAUGUAUUUGAAAGUAUACCUUUUUUUUUUCUAUGAUUGUCUUAGUCAUCAUUUUAUUAAAUUGCCAACUCAUGUCUCUUCUGUUUUGUUCUCAGGCCAGAAACAUUGUUUCACAUUUGAUAAAGUUUUUAUACCAGAAGUAUCACAGGAAGAAGUUUUUGUAGAAAUUUCACAGCUUGUACAAAGUGCUCUUGAUGGUUAUAAGGUUUGCAUCUUUGCCUAUGGUCAAACAGGAUCAGGCAAAACCUAUACAAUGAUGGGAAGACCUGGACAUCCGGAGGAAAAGGGAUUGAUACCUCGUUCGUUAGAACAAAUAUUUCAAACGAAACUGUCUCAGCAACCUCAAGGCUGGAAAUACGAAAUGCAGGUAUCAAUGUUGGAAAUAUACAACGAAACCAUUCGUGAUCUGAUGUCGACAAACAGAUCGUCAUCAGAAAAUGGUACUCCUGGAAAACAAUAUACAAUAAAACAUGAUGCAAGUGGAAAUACACAAGUUUCUGAUCUUACAGUAGUGGAUGUUCACAGUGCGAAAGAAGUCGCGUUCCUUUUAAAUCAAGCUGCAAAUAGCAGAUCUGUGGGAAAAACUCAGAUGAAUGAACAAUCAUCAAGAAGCCAUUUCGUGUUCACUCUUCGAAUAUAUGGUGUAAAUGAGAGCACUGACCAACAAGUACAAGGUGUUCUAAAUCUAAUUGACCUUGCUGGUAGCGAGCGUCUCUCGAAGAGUGGUUCAACCGGUGAUCGGUUGAAAGAAACUCAAGCCAUCAACAGAAGUUUGUCAUCAUUGAGUGAUGUCAUAUUUGCCUUGGCCAAGAAGGAAGAUCAUGUUCCAUUCAGAAACUCAAAGCUUACAUAUCUGCUUCAACCUUGUCUCGGUGGAGACUCGAAGACGUUAAUGUUCGUAAACAUCUCACCCGACCCUUCUUCAGUUAGCGAGUCACUAUGCUCACUCAGGUUUGCUUCAAGAGUCAAUGCUUGUGAGAUUGGAACACCUCGUCGCCAGACCAAUGGCCGUGCAACAGACUCUCGUUUGAGCUAUUUCUAAUCUUAAAUAACAAUGAUGUGUAAUUUUUUUAACCAAUCGUGGAAAUCAAGUUCCGGAGGAGUAUCAGAAUAAAUCUGAAAAUGAGUUUGAUUGAUUCUAACAACGGCAUGUAGCUUGUAUAGUGAAGUUAUUGAGCAUGCAUUUAGUUGAAACCAUACUGUAAUAGUUCAAUUCGUUUUCUGCUUAAUGCAAUGUAUUUAUUUUACUUUUACAACAUUUCUCUUAUAUAAAUUGGAAAAAGAAAUAUUUUAGAAUGUCAAUGCCAAUGAUUGGAUGGA